AUGGAAAAUACAAAAUGUCUCAUUUUACUGGCCUCAAUCGUCAUGGUUACGACGACAUCACUAGCUCAUGAUGUGAUCACAGAAAAUGCCUGUCAUCCUUGUCGAACCGGAAGUGCUCAUACCAACAACGUCCAUCGACUCUUCCAAAGACAAACAACAGAGAGCAUAGCGGAAUUAUUGGGUGCGUUCGUUUACCGGAUCAAUGAUGUCAAUGAAAAGGUCAAUCAUAGCAUUUCUAACAUAGUGUCAUCAAAUUAUGGAGGCGAUGUUGGAUAUUUAUGUUCUUUGAGAAUGGCUGGAGAUGAAGAUAUUCCUACACCCACUCUCUCCUACCUUAGACAGAUCAAUCCCCUGACGCAAUCCUACAACCAACUGGCAACGUUAGCCCUUUACUUCGAGGUUCUCAAUUCUGACGUCAUUAGAUCGUGUGGACUCGAUUUCAGUCACCUGAGAGGAACACUUCCGCUUUGUCACUGGAAGAAAAUAUUACGUCACUUUCGCCACCAUCUCCCCAUAGAAUACUGUCAGAAAUCAUUUCCAGUUGAUGGUGUCAAUUCUUGUACUACUGCGGUGGAUUUGGCUUACGUGAUUCUCGAAAGCUGUCGCGGGAUGUUAAGUGUACUAGAAAGUCGAGGUAACAUUUACAAAGCUUUGAUAAACCAGGAAGCUUCCGCCUUGUCGGCACUUCAAUUAAUAAUCAACUCUCAUAUUAUGUAG